AUGUUGGGCGCUGAGAAGGCUGGUCCGGGCGGCGGGGCCCCCCCCACCGCCGCCACCACCACCACCACCCUGUCUCCUGCCGGUAACGGGCACGGCAAGGCGAGCGUGAGAAGGCACUCCGCCUCCCCGGGGGAGCGGGCGGCACCGGCACCGGUACCGGUACCCGGGGCCGGCAAAGCGGGCAGCAACCGCAGCAGCGGCAGCCCCAGCCCCGGCUCCGGCUCAGGCUCAGGCUCCGGCUCCGGCUCAGCCCCCGGGAACAUGGUGGAGGCGGCGAGGACACCGGGAGAGCAGCAGCAGCAGCAGCACCCGGAGGCUGGCAGAGUGGUGGAGGGUUUACUCAGCAAAUACACCAACCUGAUCCAGGGCUGGCAGAACAGUCAUUUUGAACAUAUACAGGGUUAUCUUAUGAAAUAUACCAACCUUGUGAGCGGAUGGCAGUACCGGUAUUUUGUUCUGAACUCGGAGUUGGGUGUGCUGCAGUACUUUGUAAACGAACAAUGCAAAGGUCAGAAGCCAAGAGGAGUCCUGCAUUUGUCUGGCGCCUUGAUCUCACCCAGUGAUGAAGUUUCCCACAUGUUUGUAGUCCAAGCUGCCAAUGGUGAACUGUAUAAACUCCGAGCUGGAGAUGCCAAAGAAAGACUCUACUGGGUGAACCAGCUUCAGGCUUCUGCGAAAUACCACACUGAAAGUAAUGUCAAGAGUACUCCAUCUGUACGGGCUAGAAGUUUAUCGUUACUGCCUCAUGGGGUAUCAAACUCAACAUCUCCUGGUAGCCAAAAACAUCUGUCAUCCAGUGGACCAGGUAUUGUCACCAUUACCCAUCACAAAUCUCCAGCAACUGCCCGACGUGCCAAGAACCAGUGCCCAGAACGUCUUCUGGAUGUCAAAGAGAUAAUGAGCCAAGCCGAGGGACAACAGAGAAGUCUUGUGCAGUCGAUAGAAUCCCUCCCAACUUCUGGCCCAAUGUCUGCAUUGGAUCAAGAUUUGCUGCUUUUGAAAGCGACCUCAGCUGCUACUAUGAGCUGUCUUGGUGAAUGCCUGAAUAUUCUCCAGCAGAGUGUACAGCCAGCAGUCCAAAACAACAGAAGAACUCCAUCAGAUACUGGUUUAGGAUGGCAAGGACCAAGGUCUCGUUCAGCUGAACAGCUGAAGAAUGGAAAUGUGUGCUCUUCACCUUUGAUGCCUUCUAGCAAUGUAAACAUUGUAUGGUCUACAAUACCUGAUCAAGUCACCCUAGGUCUACAUCAGCCCCCAGAGCAUCAAGCUCCCGAGGUGAUAAAUCCUGAAGAUGAAGUGACAGACACUGAAGACAAUGUAGAAGAAGACUUAGGAGUUAUGGAAGAUCAACGUAGUGUAAUCCUUCACCUCCUUUCUCAACUGAAACUCGGCAUGGAUCUUACCAGGGUGGUGCUUCCAACAUUUAUCCUGGAGAAGAGAUCAUUGCUGGAAAUGUAUGCAAAUUUCAUGGCCCAUGCAGACAUGUUUGUGUCAAUCACAUCAGGUACCACACCCGAAGACCGAAUUAUCCGCUUUAUGGAAUACUACCUGACUGCUUUCCACGAGGGACGAAAAGGAGCAGUUGCAAAGAAACCCUACAAUCCAAUAAUUGGAGAGACGUUUCAUUGCUCUUGGGAUGUGCCUGAGGAAAAAGUGAAAGCCAACAAGGCUAGCAACACUUUAGCUAUUGCCAAGGACAAACCCAAGCCCCAGGCCUUGGACUCCAGCAAGGACCAGACAGAUUGCUAUAGAGUGAGAUUUGUAGCCGAGCAGGUUUCCCACCAUCCACCUGUUUCAGGUUUUUACUGCGAAUGCAAAGAGCGGAAAAUUUCUGUGAAUGCACAUGUGUGGACCAAGAGCAAAUUCAUGGGAAUGUCCAUAGGGGUCACCAUGGCAGGAGAAGGUGUCCUUUUCCUUGGUGAACACGAAGAAGAAUAUGUUUUCACACUGCCUUGUGCUUAUGCACGAUCCAUUUUAACAGUGCCCUGGGUUGAACUGGGGGGUAAAGUCAGUAUUAACUGCGUCAAGACUGGCUAUUCUGCUACUGUCACAUUCCACACCAAACCAUUCUAUGGAGGGAAGGUACACAGAGUUACAGCCGAAGUGAAGCAUAACCCCACAAAUACUAUUGUAUGUAAGGCGCAGGGUGAGUGGAAUGGAACCCUUGAAUUCACAUAUAGUAAUGGGGAAACCAAAGUGAUUGAGACUACCAAACUGCCAAUAAUAAGAAAGAAAAUACGGCCCGUUGAAAAACAAGGGCCAUUGGAGUCUAGACGCUUAUGGCAGCAUGUGACAAAUGCACUGAAAGCUGGCAAUAUCGAUGCAGCAACUGAGAACAAGCACCUUCUUGAGGAGCGACAGAGGGCAGAGGAGAGGCAGCGAGCAGCUUCAAGUACUGUUUGGAAAGCAAAGUAUUUUCUAAAAGAGGGAGAUGGUUGGAUAUACUAUAAUCCUCUCUGGAAGAUACAGUGAUGGCAAGCUGAGUUUACCUUUUGCCACCUACCUCAGAUUUCAUCCGUUUUACAAGUGUCAUCUGCAAAUAAUUCUGAGGUGAUGUUGAAACAACAAAUACUGAAUCUGGAAAGUGACUUCUCUUGUAUAAAAUAAACAAGAGGUUGUACAGAAUAAGAAACUAUAUUGUUAAAGGGACAUAAAAUAGUUGCGGGUUCACAAAAAGAAAUUUGAUUGCAAAGUUUAUUCAGGAAUCUGUCUGCCUGUAUAUAUGUGAACCCUGCAUUGAAAUGUUAAUGAUGGAUGAAAAAAAUGUUAUUUUAAUGUUUUAAGAUUUUAUAUUUUUCACUGGUGAGGACUCUUUUUGCACCUAGAUAAAGAAAUGUGGCCGCUGGCAAAUGUCAGUGUGGUCUUCUAUACAUUGUAGGAUUUGUGUGCAUGGCACACAAGGCAUUGUCAGGCAUUGUAAGGCAUUGUCAAAGUGUUUUAACGAAGGGUGGUGGGCAACACAUUUUGCAAAACAGUUGAGCUAAAAAUAUUUCCUGCAAUGGCAACACUACAGACAAUUUUCUUGCCCCCCACCCCUUUACAGAAUGUGUGGACCAUUUACUGAAGUGACCUUCUUCAUUUGCACACUUAAUGUUGUUAGAUGUCGUUUGUUUCAUGAACUAUUUUAAAUAAUAGUGGUUUCAAAACUCUACUGUGUAUCUUCUGAGAAACAAAUACAUUUAUACCAAGUGUUCAUAACGAUAUUACAUGAAAACAGUACACAUUAGCUAAGUGAAAAGGUUUUGUGUAACCGAUGUGUAUAAUCAGCAUCACAUAGAUUCACUAAGAUAUGAACAAUAGAAAACAAACUUUAUAAAAUUUUGGCAUUGAUUUAUUUCCUCAAAUCUUUAUCAUUAAAUUCUUUCAACCUGAGAAAAACACUACUAUACAUAACUGGACUGUUUAACUUUGUAUUUUAACAUUUUAAAAGCUCCUCCAUUGUUGUGCUGUAUAAAGGCAUUGUUCAGUGUAGUACUAGACCAUGAAGAUUAGUCGCUGAUCUCAGUCUGGGUAGUAGUUAGAACACUACAAAUUCACCUCAAACCCUGGGCUAAGGAGGUGGAAUAUCAGGCAGGUUUCUCAUUCUUGAUCGCUAUCCAAAUAGUGCUGCUAUAAAAUAUGAUUGUUGGGUAAAGGACAGGAUUAGGUUAACUGUGAUGAAUAGCCUGCCAACAAUAACUGGCAAGGCUCACCCUGAGAUAUUGAGAGGAGAGGAGGAGGGAAAAGGAGAAUUAAAGGGGAUGUUUUUGAUUUUUUGAAAAAAUGAAAAAAAAAUUAUCUGAAAUUAAAACAGUCAAAUGUUAACAUGGCUUAUUU